GUAUGUACGUAAACUCUGUUAAAAUUACUAUGGUUUUAACAACGGUCAUUUUUCAUCUCUAAGCUAUUGUCUGUCUUUCUAAGUAAGAAAAAAAUGAUAUUUUAUUUUUUGUAUUUAACUGUAAUUAAGACUGUUUCUUAUUAGAAAAUAUAGCCCUGAAGAGAAGCUUUACUAUUUUAGCGGGUUUGAAAGUUCUAUGGUUAAAUUGGAUUUUGAAGGCUUCUGUUUACCACCCAAAUAUAGGGGAGAAAACAGGGGAGCAAAAAGGGGAGAUGUGAGGCCUGCAAUCUUUCUCUCUAUUGUUCUAGUCAAGCUCUAUGCAUAUUUUGCCGGUUUUCUCUCGCACUUUCCCUUGACAUUUAGCACAGAAACCUCAGCAUUUUACACCAAAUUUUUUUUUUUAUUAUUAUGGCCACUCAAGAGGCACAGAUGGAAGAAAACACUGCCCAAAUUCCACAAGAGAAAGAACCAUCUAAGUGUGUCAGUAAGAAAGCUAUGGAAACAGAGAAUGCCAAAGAUGAAGAGAAAAUGAGUGAAUCAAAGCACGAAGAUGAGCAAAAAACAAAGGAGAUUGCGGUGGUUGAGGAGAGAAAGGUAGCAGAUAAAGAAGAGAAUGAUACAUCACCAAGUGGAAUUCAGAAGAGUUCUUCAUUCAGGGAAGAGAGCAACCUCCUCUCUGAUUUGAAAGAGCAUGAAAAGAAGGCAUUGUCUGAGCUGAGAUCCAAGAUUGAAGAAGCGAUCCUUAAAAAUGAACUUUUUCAAGAGAAGAAACAGCAAGAAAAGGAAAUAUCAUCGACAAAAGAUGGAGAAGAAAAGGUUCAGAAGGAAAAAUCAACCGGAACAGACAAGAAAGAAGAUGAUUCUGAAAAGAAGGAACAACCAAAGCAGGUAGAAGGGGAAAGAGAAGGGGCGACUCCAUCAAAUGAAGGGAAAGAAGAAGAAACUCCUGCGAAAACGAACACCGAAGAAAAAGAAAUAGCUGCAAAAGAAAGCAAGGAAGACAUUACUGAUAAACAAGUGGAAAAGGAGGAGCAGACUUCUGAAAAGGAAGAAGAAGAAGAAGCAAAAGAAAACGCCCAGCAAGAAGGUGUCGCAGAUCAAACUGUAGACAAAGAUAUUUCACUUUGGGGAGUACCAUUAUUGCCCAGCAAAGGAGAUGACAGAACCGAUACAGUACUAUUGAAGUUGUUAAGGGCUAGAGAGUUCAAGACCACUGAUGCUUUUGAGAUGUUGAGGAACAUUCUCAAAUGGAGAAAAGAAAACAAGAUCGAUUCAAUCUUGGAAGCGGAUAUUGAGGCUAAUCUUGGCUCCAUGGCUUACAUGCAAGGCAAUGAUCGCGAUGGCCACCCAAUAUGUUUCAAUAUUUUUGCCGUGUUUGGCAAUGAUGAGCUAUAUGGGAAAGCAUUUGAAGAGAAACGCGUGAAAUUUAUGAGGGGGAGGAUUCAACUGAUGGAGAAGGGUAUUCAAAAGCUGGAUUUUAAGCCCGGUGGUGCGUCUGCAAUUCUGCAAAUUAAUGAUCUCAAGAACACUCCUUUACCCACUAAGAAAGAGCUCCGGAAUGCAACAAAGAAAGGAGUUGAACUUCUUCAGGACAAUUAUCCUGAAUUUGUUGCAAAAAAUAUCUUUAUCAAUGUUCCCUUUUGGUAUUACGCGUAUAGUGCUCUCUUCUCGCCUUCCUUAUCUCAAAGAACCAAGAACAAAUUCGUCUACGCUCGCUCAGCCAAGGUCACAGACACCCUGCUCAAGUACAUUGCUGCGUCCCAAAUUCCAGUCCAGUAUGGUGGGCUUAAACGAGAGAAUGAUUCUGAAUUCUCAGUUGAAGAUGAUGCAAAAGAGGCUAUUGUGAAGGCAGGAUCACAAGAAACUAUCGAGAUCCCUGCACCAGAGGCAGGAAACACUUUAAUAUGGGACCUGACAGUGUCUGGUUGGGAAGUGAACUACAAGGAGGAAUUUGUCCCCACUGAUGAGGGUUCAUAUACCAUAAUCGUUCAAAAGGGAAGGAGGAUAACUUGGCAGGAUGGUACCGUUCGCAAUUCUUUCACUAAUAAAGAACCUGGAAAGGUAGUGAUUACCAUUGAAAAUGGAGCAUUUAAGAAGAAGCGGAUUCUGUAUCGAUACAAGACCAGGACUUCAUCAUCCUCUUGAGGCACCUAGUAAAUUAAGAGCUCAUUUUUCUAAUAUUCUUUUGGAGUUUGAUGAGAUGCAUGGAAUUUUUUUUUUUUUUUUCCUUUUCUUGAGGCACCUAGCAUAUUUUUCAGUUUAAAUUUAGGCAAAUAAUAGAAACAAGGAUGGGGAAUAAAGAUGUAGCUUAGUCAUUUUAAGGAAAUUUAUUUCACUAUUUCUUCUUCCAAGAGCUAUUUUGUUUU